AUGCCUUUCAAUGGUACGAGCUCUCUUUAUUCCACUCAGAUUAGCAAGAACAAGAACAAGAACGACAGUGCCUUCUCGCACUGGCUUCUCUCUGAAUGCGGCCAUUAUAGGCGCUGCGACCUCGAGCAAUGGGGUGUGGAUAUUAAGGCCGCGAAGCCGGUAACUUUGAAGAAAUUGGUUGUGCACGGCUGGUCCACCGGAGAGGUAAAGAGCGAGUAUGUAAUAGGCGAUUAUAAGGUGAAAUUCGGAACUCCGGACUACAACAACUUCAAACGGAUUUACAUUCACAAAACUACUGAAAUUAGUCUUCGAAGGGCCUGCCAUCGAUGUAGAGGCAGGUGUUACCCAAUCCGAAAACGUUCAGCGACAGCCGAUCUGAUCGUCGCUGCUGAUGGCAUUCGUUCUUCCUCCCGCGGCCUCAUAAACUGCGGUUUCGGGCUCGAUGGUUAUAUUUCCAAUGAAUCAAUCGAGUACUGGGGAGGGUUUGGCAUUGACAAGAUUGCCAUGUCGCGGUGCAGCAAUGAUGAUGUCGUAAGCUGCUACUGCUUCUACCCGGCAGCCUAUAACGAGCUCCGUGAAGACGGGUGGAAUAUCUCGACUACACCACAACAGUUGGUAGAUACGUUCCCUGACCUGGAUCCAAGGAUGAAGAUGUUAAUGCUAAAUGCGGAGGAUAUCAAAAUGUGGCAUUUGUAUCGACGCCAACCAUAUCCCUACCGGGUAAAAGGUAAGUUUUGUCUCCUUGGUGAUGCUGCCCAUCCAAUGAUGCCGGACCAAUCUCAAGGAUCAUGUAUGGCUUCCGAAGAUGCCGGAGCUUUAGGCCUGAUUUUCAAUCGUACUUUCCGUGAAAAGUACAGUAUCACAAAAGGAUUGGGUGUCUACCAAGCAUUGCGCAAGCCGCGAGCGACCCACGAUCUCAGCGAACGCAUUGGGUGGAGCUCAUCGGCCGAUCGACCUGGGAAGUUGACAAUUGGGGAAAUCUGUGGAUACGAUAUGCAGAAACACUUGGACGAGUUGCUUGCUUCCAAUAGAAGGUAA